UUUAGGGUAAAUAAUAAUUGAAAUGCCUAAAAAGGCUCAGACCCAAAAUGAGGUGCAGCAGUCAAAGACACUUGUUUAUGUCUCUUUGAUAGUGAUCUCCAUCUUGACUAUUGUAGUGUGCAUCCCUUCAGUUUUUGAAUGGUUCAGGUUGAGCUCAUUGGACUUGAUCAUCUUGAUAAGAAGAGAUUUUGCUCAUGAAAAGAUUGAUAAAUUGGUGGACAUGACCAGUGCACUCGGAGAUAAAUAUGGAGUCUUCCUUUGAUUAUGCUUAGCAGUUGCAUUGCUGGACAUGAACAACUACCUCUCACUAAUUGGAGUCUCAACGUUCGGUGUAGCAGUUAAUUUAUUGGUUAAAAUGAUGAUAAGAGACGAAAGACCUUAUUUUUAUUCAACAGAUUAUCAACCUGUGAGCUGUAACUUUGAGUACGGAUCUCCUUCUGGGCAUGGACAGACAGUGACAACUUUCCAUCUUUCCUUCCUGACUGUGUUCAUCAGACAAUAUGGGAUCAAGAACAGGAAGUUCUUGUUAUAUGUGGCUGGAUAUGCCUUCUGUAUUUUUAUGUGCUUCACUAGAAUUUGGGUAGGAUUACACACUGCAGAACAACUUUUGCUAGGAUUUGGGCUUGGAAUGAUCAUCCAUAUAAUAUUCCUCCACGUUCUUGAUGGAUAUUUUGAUAAGCUGUAUCAAGGAAUUGAGACUGGCAAGACUAGGCUAUUCAAUAGGUUCAUUAUUCUUCAUUGCAUUAUGGCUGUAGCAGCAAUCUUCAUGUAUGAUUAUAUUGGAAAAUAUGACCCAGCUCCUGAAGAAUGGAUCAAUUCAGUUAAAAGAGCUUGUCCUCAUGAGAAGAAGUUCAUUAGUUUUGAAUAUUCAUGCCUGUUUAAAUACCUCGUUGCAUUUGGAAGCAUGGGAGCUUACUUUGGAUGUUACUUCAGAAGAUGGGUUUUGAAAUCUAAAGAUGGAAGUAAAUUUAAAAAGCCAAGCUCAUUUUUCAAAGCUUUGAUACGUAUUGUGAUAAAUAUAAUUGCAUUUGCAUUGCUCAGUCUUCCAGCAGCACUAGCCUCAAGGAAAAGUCCAGUUCCAUUGCAGUUACUCGUGAAAGGCUUCAUUGUUCCUUUCCUAACAACUGCUGUGUCAAUGCUCUAUAUCAAUCCAGUAAUCAGAAUGUUGAAUAUUUAAGCAAGAGAUUCGUUA